AUGGAGAUAGGCGGACAUGGGCAGGACACAUAUUGCGGUAACAUAUCUCCAUAUUAUACGAGUGAACGGACGUGCAUAAUAUCCCGUAUGAUACGGGCCAGCGGACCAUGGGCCGAAGGUAGAUAUAUCCUCGACUGUGAUGGAUGGGCUGGGAGUGUUAUUAUUCCCGAUGGAGACGGGUUGGCCCAGACGGGUGGGCCGACGUAUUGGUAUUAUUUUGUAGACGAGUGGGCCGAGGGAGCGGUGAAAGAUUUAUUAUAUACGGGUGGGCCAAUGGUAGACAUAUAUUGCAUAGACGGGUAG